ACUUGUUUCAUUUUAUUUAUUCAUAUGCGUAUAUGUGUAUAUAUUUCUUCAUGUUGCAGUAAUUGAAAACUCGUGAUACAACUUUAUAGUUCAAAGGCUGGUUCAUUAAUUGCACUUUGUCAUCAAGGCAAUCUCAUCAGCUGAAGUCAUGCAGGCAUCACGAGCAAGGCUUUUUAAGGAAUACAAAGAGGUACAACGAGAGAAAUCAGCUGACCCUGACAUUCAGUUAGUGUGUGAUGAAUCUAAUAUAUUUAAGUGGACAGCUCUAAUUAAGGGGCCAUCGGAAACUCCAUAUGAAGGUGGGGUAUUUCAGCUUGCAUUUGCUAUUCCAGAGCAGUACCCAUUACUACCUCCACAAGUGCGGUUCUUGACAAAAAUCUUCCAUCCAAAUGUGCAUUUCAAGACAGGGGAGAUCUGCUUGGAUAUCUUAAAGAAUGCUUGGAGCCCUGCAUGGACUCUCCAGUCUGUUUGCAGAGCUAUAAUUGCUUUAAUGGCUCAUCCUGAACCAGAUAGCCCCCUCAAUUGUGAUUCAGGAAAUCUUCUACGGUCUGGUGAUCUAAGGGGCUAUCGGUCAAUGGCAAGGAUGUAUACUAGGCUUGCUGCAACUCCCAAAAAGAGAUAAAGAUCAUCAAAAAGAGGCAUUAUGUUGUAUCUAUUAGAUUGCCAAUGGAAAUUACUACACAUUCAUGUGUCUUUCUCACUUUUUGGCUUGAUGAGACUCAAAAAUAAGUGAAUUGUUAAUGGAAUCAAUUAUGUGAAUUGAAUCUA